GUUUCAUACUGCCUGAGCAAACGAAGCCCUUCACCUACGUAGUGUUCAUGUCCACUGUUGAAUUCGGCUUCCGACGGAAUGAACAGUUUACCAGCGGAAAGACGAGGUAGGAUGAGGAUGAUUCCGAUCACCGAAAUUCCCAUUGGCUGAGCUUACCUCGGGUACUGCCAACUUGACUGUCCACCGCCAAAUUCGGCCAUCCCACGAAAGUCCCACCAUAGCCUUUAAGUCAUACUCGGGUUGUCCACAGGGCAUCUUCUGUGAUUAAUAUCUUCUCGAAGUUUUUCUUCUUGGAAAGGCUAAACUGCCAUGUCUGCUCAUUGUCUGUAGACUUCAGAGGUACUGAAAGUGGCAGUUCGAAUCCCCUGUUGCAAUUUUCUCCGAUAUCGCAAUGGCUUCAAAAGGAGCCGUCUUGCCUCUCUUGAGGCGCGAGUUGCAAACAAAUCGCACGCAACUGAAUAGAGCCGCUUCAUCCUUCUCGACUGUUGCUACGACUGUUCGGAACAGGAGAGCAGUGUCCGCUAGGCAUUCGGCCCGCCACACCGCGCUUUUCUCUCAGAGACAACUACUCGGUCAACCUCGGGCAUUUUCGCAGUCGCUAUCGACAAGGCUUGCAGAUGAGCAUGAUCAGUUCGAUCCCCGUCAAGUAGAAAGGGAGUCGGAUGAGGUGGACGUGUGCAUUGUUGGCGGCGGUCCUGCCGGUCUCGCCGCAGCUAUUCGACUAAAGCAACUCGCAAACGAGGCUGGAAACGAGGAGUUCCGUGUGAUUUUGCUGGAGAAAGCGGGAGAGCUGGGCGCACAUAUACUUUCAGGCAAUGUUCUCCAACCAACUGCAAUGAAUGAGCUUCUGCCUGGUUGGUUGUCCGAGGAGAAUGCAUCCCGAUUUGAGGGCGCAACACCGGCGCGGGAGGACAAGAUGCGCUUUUUGACCAAGAACUCGUCGUUCCCGAUUCCCGCACCGCCUCAAAUGAACAAUCAUGGCAACUACAUUGUCAGUCUAAACGAGCUGACGAAGUGGUUGGGUGAGCGAGCUGAGGAAUUGGGAGUUGAGAUCUACCCUGGCUUUGCCGCUAGCGAGUUGGUCUACAAUUCCGAUGGCUCCGUCCUCGGCGUUGCGACGAACGAUCUUGGUGUUGGUCGGGACGGCAAGCCCAAGGACAAUUUUGAGCGGGGUAUGGAGUUCCAUGCUCGUGUCACUCUCCUCGCCGAGGGCUGCCAUGGUAGUUUAACGAAGCAGGUGAUCAAGAAGUACGACCUCAGACGCGAUAGUCAACCCCAGACUUACGGUAUCGGGUUGAAGGAGGUGUGGGAGAUUCAACCGGAAAAGUUCAAGUCGGGAGAAAUCGUGCAUUCUAUGGGAUACCCGCUUCCUUCGGACACCUACGGUGGUGCCUGGAUGUACCAUUUUGGGGAGAACUUGGUCAGCAUUGGGUUGGUGGUUGGUUUGGACUAUCCAAACCCGUGGCUUUCACCUUACGGAGAGUUCCAGAAGCUCAAGCAGCACCCCUUGUUCAGGGAGGUCUUGGAGGGCGGUAAAUGCAUCUCCUAUGGUGCUAGGGCACUCAGCGAGGGUGGCUUCCAGUCGAUUCCCAAAUGUGCUUUCCCAGGAGGCGCUCUCAUCGGUGACACUGCUGGCUUCAUGAACGUUCCCAAAAUCAAGGGUACUCAUUCGGCUAUGAAAUCAGGCAUGUUGGCAGCGGAGGCUACAUUCAAUGCUUUGCAGAAUGACAACAACGGUACUGUCUUCCUUUUCGAAUACGAGGAUGCUCUCCGAAAGUCCUCUAUCUGGAAGGAGUUGUACGAAGUGCGCAAUAUGCGGCCCUCAUUCAAAUCGGCGCUCGGUCUUUACGGUGGUAUCCUCUACUCCGGCUUAGAAGCCUUCUUGUUCCGCGGUAAAACACCCUGGACACUCAAGCACCACGGUACAGAUGCAGCAUCCACCAAAUCGGCAUCUGAAUGUGAGAAGAUCGAAUACCCCAAACCCGACGGCGUUAUCAGCUUCGAUAUCCUGACCAGUGUGAGCCGAACGGGAACGAACCACGAGGAGGACCAGCCUGUUCAUUUGCAGGUCGCUGAUUGGGACAAGCAUACGGACAUCGCUUGGCCCAAGUACCAGGGCGUUGAAAACAGAUUCUGUCCGGCUGGCGUCUACGAGUACGUCGAGGAUCCAAGCAAGCAGCACGGCGUUCGCUUCCAAAUCAAUGCCCAAAACUGUAUCCACUGCAAGACGUGUGAUAUCAAGGUACCGACACAAGAUAUCAAUUGGCAAACACCCCAGGGCGGAGAAGGCCCUAAAUACUUCAAGACAUAAGCUCAUAGCCACUGUAAUUUCUCUUUCGUUUACGGUGUCUUCAACUGUUUCUGUGUCAUUUGGAAUGGAUAGUUCGAGUUCAUCCUCCCCGGACUUCCGUCGAUCAACUCUACGGGUUAGAGCAUCCUUUUACUCUGUUGACAUCUUGUUUCUACUGACAAGUUCUCCCUCUCGGGUGAUGUUUGUACUAUACAAAAGGAUAUACAAAACUCAGGGUACAUGAAUGUACAGGUUGAUUAGAUAUACAUGUAUCAACAGACUCGCAUUACUACACUGCAUACGGAAGUAGAA